GGACGCGCAUUGUCGCAUCGGACUGCCGCCGCAACGGCCGCGCGUGAAUCUGCGCCCGCGACUGAGUAGUGAUCGUGUGAUUUCUGUUUGUGUUGGUCUGGAAUGUCGUAACGAUACCGCAUCGUGUUUUGUUGUAAUAUUGAAGAAAAAACAUGGAGUAAUAUAUUGACGAUAUAAUUGUGAGAAAUCAAAAUGGGUAGUGGAAAGUUUGGGUUCAACGGCAAAAAGGACAAAGUGGAGGAUAAGACUGAGUUUAGUGUUAAGGAGAAAUGUCGUAAAUUGAAGAAGAAACUUAAGAAGACUGAUGAAACACAGAAGACUGAAAGCGCGAAGGAGAAGACGAUUUGGUGGAACCAAUGCAGUGGACUGAGUGAAAUCGACCAGUACCUUUGGAUGGUAGGCGGUUCAGCUGGUGCCCUGGCUCUCACGGGCGUUGCAGCAGCGUCGGCCUUCUACCUCACCACACGCCCAAAGCCUGAGAAGCCACUCGUAACAUUACACGAACAAAGCUUACUGGAACCAGGUCCAGAAUUAGUUCGUGUAUCGAAAUUCUACAAAGAAGCAAAGAAUGGCAGGUUCUUGCGGUAUCUUCACGACGACACGCGCACGCUGUACGAGACUUUUCGCAGAGGUGUUAAAGAAUCAAAUAAUGGCAACUGUCUCGGUUGGCGCGACGGACCAAAUAAGCCGUACGUGUGGCAGACAUACAAUGAGACCCUUCUGCGGGCUAAAAACUUUGGUUCGGGCCUGCUAUGCCAAGGCGUUGCCCCGGGCCAAACCACCUUUGUCGGUAUUUACGCCCAAAAUUGUCCAGAGUGGAUCAUGACGGAGCAAGCUGCGUACUGCUAUUCGAUGGUUAUAGUUCCGUUAUAUGACACACUAGGAGCUAACGCUUGUGCCUUUAUUAUUAAUCAAACUGAAAUGUCCCUGGUGGUGUGUGAAGACGACAAGAAAGCUAAUUUACUACUGGAUGAAGCACCCAGGUGUCUUCGUAAAUUAAUCACGAUAAGAGAAGUGUCACCCUCUACACACCAAAGGGCAAGGAGUCGAGGCGUGGAGAUCUUAAAGUUCAGCGAUGUUGAAAUACAAGGAGCGCAGAAAGAUCAUCCUUGCAUUCCGCCCCAGCCAGAGAAUCUAUGUACCAUCUGUUACACGUCUGGAACGACAGGCAUGCCAAAGGGUGUUAUGCUGAGCCAUGAGAAUGUUGUGGCGUCCAUGUGCAGUGUCACAAUGCAGCUUGGUGAACACAGGCCCACGAAACACGAUGUGAUGAUUUCGUUCCUGCCACUCGCACAUAUGCUCGAGCGAUGUUGUGAGAACGCUCUUUACAUGGUAGGAGGGGCAGUUGGCUUUUAUAGCGGUGACAUUAGAAGACUGGCAGAUGACUUGGGCGCACUUAAACCCACCAUGAUGCCUGCUGUACCCAGACUCCUCAAUAGACUCUACGAUAAGGCACAGAGCGAAAUAGCCAGUUCCAAAAUCAAAAAACUUCUCUUUAAUAUGGCACUAUCGGCAAAGGAAUCUGAACUAAAAAGAGGCAUAAUUCGAUCAGACUCCGUGUGGGACAAGUUGGUGUUCCGCAAAGUGCGUGAAGGUAUGGGUGGGCGUCUCCGCAUCAUGGUGGUGGGAUCCGCGCCACUCGCCGGCAACGUGCUAACGUUCGCAAGAUGCGCCCUCGGAUGUCUGAUUGUCGAGGGUUACGGUCAGACGGAGUGCACGGCGCCGGUGACUUUGACAGUUCAGGGUGACCACGUGCCAGAACAUGUUGGGCCUCCCGUCGCUUGUUGUAAAGUGAAGUUGGUGGACGUCCCAGAAAUGGAGUACUAUGCGGCGCAGGGUCAGGGUGAGAUUUGCGUGCAGGGCGCAAAUGUCUUUAAGGGGUACUUCAAGGAGCCGGAGAAGACUAGGGAAGUGAUCGAUCAGUAUGGCUGGCACCACACUGGUGAUAUUGGCAAAUGGCUACCGAAUGGUACCUUAAAAAUAAUUGACAGAAGAAAACACAUUUUCAAAUUGUCGCAAGGCGAGUACAUUGUUCCUGAGAAGAUCGAGAAUAUUUAUAUCAAAAGCCAGUACGUUGAACAAGUUUUCGUACACGGAGAAUCAUUAAAGUCGUGUAUAGUAGCAGUAGUUGUACCUAAUGUUGAUGUGGUGAAGUGUUGGGCCCUCGAAAAUGGUAUCAAAGGUACCUUCUCCGCGCUGUGUGAGAAUGAGAAAGUGAAGAAAAUGAUAAUCGAAGACAUGUUGAAUCGGGGCAAACAGGCAGGCUUGAAAACCUUUGAACAAGUGAAAGACAUCUAUUUGCACCCAGAUCCAUUCUCAGUGCAGAACGGACUUUUAACUCCCACCCUGAAAGCGAAAAGACCCGAAAUCAAGAGUUAUUUCAAACCACAGAUUGAAGACAUGUACAAACAGUUAGAAUAGCGAAAGCUCUGAAAUGUUUAAUCUAUAUAAGUGUCAAAGAUACGUCAGCAAGAUAAGACCGGUCCUACAACAAUAUUUUUAUGACACAACACAUUUAGGCUACUUUAAUGAAUAGUUGAAGUAUGAGCUCUACAGUAUGUACUGUCUAAGACGUACUCUUGACAAGUGUCUA